GUGAGAUUGGUGCUCCCAAAUUUUCAAAAUUCGCUUUUCAAAAAAUAGUAAAAAAAUGAAAACAAAAAAAAAAACGAAAAGUUUUAGCGCUCCUUUCUUUAAAAUCCCGCCUGCUCGCAAGUGGCUUUACAUCUUCCUCUCGUCUCUCUCCUUUCGUCUCCUCCCUUUCCUUCAGAUCUCUCAAGCUCUAAUCAUGGCUCCAAAGCGUAAGCUUCCUUCUACCGAUGAUGAGAUCUCCUGUCCCACUUCUACUACAGCGAAGAGAAUCCCCAAGUCGCUUUUGGAAGUUAUUGAGCCGGUGGUGAUUGACUCCGAGAAGGAUCCGUCGUGGAUUUUAGAUGAACCGAUCGCUGAUUCGGAAGCUAGGGUUAACUGGCCUGAGAGGUAUCAAUUAAUCGAGAAAAAGGAAGUUGAAGUUCUACCGAUGAAGAAAAACAAAAAAUAUGUUGAGGAAGAGGAGAUUAUACGUGCGCGACGACAUUUUCGUCGAGCUAUCCUUGAUGGAUCCAUCACAUACAAUCUCAACGAUGAUGCUCAUGUGCAGUCUGACGAGGAGGAAAAGCCUUUCAUUUGUAAGAUCAUCGAAAUCUUUGAAGGAUCUGAUGGUAAAAUGUAUUUUACUGCUCAAUGGUUUUACCGUGCCUUUGAUACCGUAAUUCAAAACCACGAUGAUCUGAUCGAUGACAAACGUGUUUUCCUCUCGGACAUUAAAGAUACAAACUCUAUGGACGUUCUUCUCAACAAAUUGAAUAUUCUGAUGAUCCCAUUAACUGAGAAUAAUGAAGUGACUGAAACCUGCGAUUACUACUGCAACAUGAGCUAUCGUCUGCCUUUUUCAACACUUGAAGCUUUGCAACCAAGUCAGUGUGUUACGCCUGAGCAAAGAACAGAUGCUACACUGUUAGAUUUGUAUUGUGGGUGUGGAGCCAUGUCAACUGGCUUAUGUAUGGGAGCUCAGCUGUCAGGGGUGAAGCUUGUCACGAAAUGGGCUGUUGACACGAACCAGUAUGCUGUUCAAAGCAUAAAGUAUAACCACCCGGAAACAGAAGUGAGAAACGAGUCCGCAGAAGAUUUUCUGUUUCUACUCAAGGAGUGGGAGAAGUUAUGCAUUCAUUUCUCUUUGAUUGAAUGUGCUGACUCCGAAAAAUACAAAAACCUUUAUGGGAUGAGUGUUGUGGAAGAAGAAGCUGAAGAUGGCAGCGAUGAGACUGAUGGCGAAGAUGGUGGAGAGAUUUUUGAAGUUGAAAAGGUUAUUGGUAUUAAGAAAGGGGAAGAAGGUGGACUUCAUCUGAAGGUCCAGUGGAAGAAUUAUGGGGAUUCCCAUGACACAUGGGAGCCUAUUGAAGGUCUUAGCAAUUGCCGUGAGAAAAUUAAAGAGUUCGUUGUUCAUGGAUAUAAAACAAACAUCCUUCCAUUGCCAGGAGGUGUUGAUGUUGUUUGUGGAGGUCCUCCGUGCCAAGGAAUUAGCGGUUUCAACAGAUUCAGGAACACAAAAGAGCCGCUAAAAGGUGAUAAGAACCAGCAGCUUCUGGAAUACAUGAAAGUUGUGGACUUUCUGAAGCCGAAGUAUGUUCUCAUGGAGAAUGUGGUAGACAUGCUUAAGUUUGCUGGUGGCUUUCUUGCACGCUAUGCUGUGGGACGGCUUGUCCAAAUGAAUUAUCAGACAAGAAUGGGAAUGAUGGCGGCAGGGUCAUAUGGUCUUGCUCAGUUCCGCAGGCGGUUCUUCUUAUGGGGGGCAAGAUCUAGCGAGAGACUUCCUCAGUUCCCACUUCCAACUCAUGAUGUUGUCAAUAGAGGAAAUGUUCCUGUGAACUUUGAUAGAAACGUAGUGGCCUAUGAAGUAAAUGACACUGUUAAGUUGGCAGAAAAGAUCGUACUCUCAGAUGUCCUUACUGACCUUCCAGUUGUUGCAAACAAUGAGAGGAGGGCGGAGAUGCCAUAUGACAAAGAUCCUGAGACGCCAUUUCAACAGUUUAUCAGGUUGACGCAUGAUGGAAUGUUACCUUCACCUAAUGAUUCCAAGUCAAACUCCACAAACGAUGUCUUGUACGAUCACCAUCCUCUGAAUCUUAACAAAGAUGAUUAUCAACGUGUCUGUUCGAUCCCCAAGAAGAAGGGAGCGAAUUUUAGGGACUUACCUGGUGUAACUGUUAAUGGUGAUAACAAAGUUGAAUGGGAUCCUAACAUCCCCAGGGUCUAUCUCGAAUCCAAUAACCCGUUGAUUCCAGAUUAUGCCAUGACAUAUGUCAGGGGAACAUCAACGAAACCCUUUGGACGGCUUUGGUGGGAUGAAACUGUCCCAACUGUUAUUGGGAGAGCCGAGCCACACAAUCAUGUCAUCAUCCAUCCAAACCAAGAUCGUGUCUUGACUGUCCGAGAGAACGCGAGGCUCCAAGGCUUCCCUGAUUACUACAGACUCUUUGGUCCUACCAAGCAAAAGUACAUUCAAGUUGGGAAUGCGGUUGCAGUACCAGUUGCUAGGGCACUUGGAUACGCAUUAGGACAAGCUUUCCAAGGCCACACAAGUGGUACUGAUCCACUCUUCACUCUGCCCUCAGGUUUUCCAAAACCAACCUUCUGAAACGUAGGGAAACAUCAGUAAGAAGAGAUUCACCUUCUCUUCUGAGCUUGACAGAUUAUGUUGAGUUAUAUUUUUCAUCUUCUUUUUUAUCUUUUAGGCUACUAUCUCAAUCCUUUCCAUAUUCACAUUUUUAUGAAAGUAUCUUUUGGUUGAAUCAGUUAUUGUACAUUCUAUGUUCUAGUUCUACUUUGAAGUUUCUUUUGGUUUCAUAAAACUUGUCUUAGAUGAACAAACAUAUAUUUGGCACAUGUGAAGUCUCUUGGAGAGUUAGAUACAAUAAUACUAAGUGAUAAACGA